GCACAACAUUCACUUAGACUUUGAGGUACGCUCGCGUUCUGGUCAAUGCUCUUGCUCUACGGACUGUUGAGCCUUCAACUGUGGUAAUUUCGGCACUUCCCAUCAUACAGCACUAAAACUGUGGCACUCUCAUGGAUUCAUCUGCACCUGGCAUCCAAGAACCAUUCGAUCUCAUUCGACUGUCCCUGAGCGAACGCGUCUUCGUAAAACUACGGGGAGAUAGAGAGCUCACCGGUAUCCUGCACGCAUAUGAUGGGCAUAUGAAUCUCAUCUUGAGUGAUGUCGAAGAGACCAUCAUGAUCGUUGAUGCUCCAGAGGGUGUCCCACCGUCGCAGAGCGUGGUCAACAUGGCGAAACGAAAAGUACCGAUGCUGUUUGUGCGAGGGGACGGUGUAAUCCUGGUAUCGCCACCCUCCCGUACAUGACGAAAAAUCACACAGGAAUCUACCUAUUCUCAUCCUCCUCGCCAUCGCCACUCUGACCCAUCCCAUCCACCACCAGCAUAUAACGCUCUGGAUCGCUCGAAUUAAUUUGAACCCGGGCGGAGACAGUUCUGGCUCUCAGAUUCUCGUGGGGCUCGUGUGGCGCACGCGCCAUCUUGCAGUUCGCAGUUCGCAGUUCGUCAUAGUUAUACCAAUGGGUAUCCGACUCCCAUCCGUCCUUUGUACUCUAGAAGGGAAAAAGAGCAAGGCCCGUCAACUGUCGGGCUAUCUCACG